AUGAAAAAGGCUAUUGAAUUAGCGGAUACAAAAGGAAUUCGAAUACAAAUUUCAGGGCGUAUUGGCGGAAAAGAAAUUGCACGCGUCGUGUGGAUCACUGCAUUUUCGACUAUUGCAGCAGAUUCAAUUUCUUCACCGCCAGAAGCGGAUUCCAUGACAACAGAUAGCUUGCUUGUCUUUCUAAACAGUAUAGGGACUGCUUUGCUUCCUUUCCUAGUUAGGACUUUGUCUCCCUUUCGUUAUCUUCCGCCCCGGGUGGAUGACCUGUGGGAGCUAAGUCGUAUGGGAAAUAUUGAAACCGUGCUCUCUAGUAGUAUCGCGGCUGUCUUUUUUGCAGCUUAG